AUGGAGGCUAUUCAGCAGGAUAUGGAGCCGUUUUGGACAGAAAUGAAUGCUUUGCGGUCAGUGAUCAGCACAACGGACGUAGAUCCAGCUUGUAGAGGAGCCUGUAAGAAGGCACUUGAAGCCAACGCCUGCGGCAGUAAUCCAUGGCAAAACCCACAUCUGGAAGGACCUCGUGCCGAAGCGCUUGAGUAUCUCCGUAAAGAGAAGGAAGGGUACAUGACAACAAACAUUCUGUACCAAUUUUGGAUCCAAGAGGCGUCAAAGAACCGCAAGUUGUGUGAGUCUAAACAGCUUGCCAAACAAGUGGACGAGACAAAGUCGAAAUACGCUGACUUUGAAAAGCAAGAAGCGAAGUUGCGAGAAGAGCUAAAAUACGCCAAGGAACAGCAGAAGGAGCUGCAGUCAAUGCAGAAGAAAGAGCUAAAGAAACAGAAGAACAAUUUGGGCAAAAAGUGCACGAAAAUGAAGAGCUAG